AUGGCUCGGAGGGUGCCGAGUAAGGAGGACUGGGAGCGCUUGAGACCGCAGGUCACGGAAUGGUAUCGGACGAAGACGGCGGAGACGAUAGUGAGGUUGUUACGACAAGAUGGCUACUUGGUCUCGCAGAAGAUGUUGCGCGAUAGGUUCAAGGCGUGGCGAGUAGAGAGGAAGUACACCAACAACGGUCAGACCCAGCGACGGCAAGUCCUCUCACGCCGGCAUGGUUUGCUUUCCAACGAGCAGACGAGUCUCGCUUCCCGGUCUCGAUAUCCUCCUGAAGACUCCUCGAGGAAUGUUCUGGGAGUGCAGUUUGGAGCGGACGCACUCAUGAAGCCAGUCCCAAGCCGUGCACCGAAUACACCAGAAGAGGAGUAUCACCUUUCCCACGCCUUGAGCCAGAUCUCUGGAUACCUGGAUCGCCUGGUAGAGCAAGGCUCGUGGAGGAACAGGAAUGAGACGCCUGCCUUCGAAAUCCAGAAGUUGGCAGCGGACACCCAUUUGGCCAUAUCCAGCCAGAGCGCCGGCUCCUCGCAAUCGUUCAAUGACCUCCGAAGUCUCGGAGAGUCUACCUUCAUCCUCAUGCCCAAGUUCAACGCCGAUGGAUUGCUGACGUUGCAUCCAAGAGCACUGACAGCUCUGUUGCGGUUGGUGGUCGAUGGAACGUCCAUCCCGAACGCCAUGGCCCUCUGGGAGGCUCGGACGCUGCAGACAGUCAAGAACAUGUUCCGUGAUGCUGCAAAGGCCGCCCUGCCGGCGACCCAUCCUAUUCCUUUGCUCUGUGGUGUUCGGGCCGGGCAGUCGCAGGAUCUGCUAGCCAGGCAGUUCGAACUGAUGGAUGUUCGUCUGUACGCGAGGAUAAGCCAUGUUGACAAGGUAUUCGUGGCUCAGGAGCAGAUAUAUGGCUCGAGGGUCCUAGCGUCGCUGGGAUAUGUCCAAUGGGCUGAGACGAAGUUGAGCGCGGUCAUAGCAGAUCUCUCCAGUUACAGUUGCCAGUACACGUACGCCGAAGCCAACCGAACGCUCGGAUACGUCCUACAGCAAGCUUGUGCCAGGCUCAGACCAGAGCAGGUUGACAGUAAGCUCGAGGAAGCAGAAGGAAGUGCCAGUCUUGCGUUGGGUGCUUUUGUAGGAAUCGGCAUGGGACAAUCCAACGAGGCAGUGUACACACGCAUCUGUCUGGCGGACAUCCUGCGGCAGCGCAACAAUCUGCGUGCUAGCGAGCGGCAUCUCAGGGACGCCGUAGACAUCUGCGAGACCAGAGCCGAGGGCGAAGGCCAGCAGCGGGUUCAGCUCUCCAAACUGGUCUCAGAUCUCCACGACGUGCUAAGGCGGGAGGACAAACGUGCAGAAGUGCGGGCGUUGGAGCUGAAGUAUAGCGAGCAUUUCCCAGAGAGUCAGGCAGAUACCAACGAGUCUUGUGCCGGUUCGUGA